CCUUCCUUCCUCUCCAUCUUGUUUCAGGUCCAGGAUGGGGGCCAUGUCUGUCUGGGUCUCAGGCCUCCUGAUUCUCCAGAUGCUGCUCUUUGUGGCUGGGGAACAGGGCACACAGGACGCCACUGCUGCUGCCACUGCCGAGAAGGGGCUCCACAUGCAGAAGGUGGGGUCUGGGUCGGUGCGGGCUGCGCUGGCAGAGCUGGUGGCCCUGCCCUGUCUCUUCACCCUGUGGCCACGGCCAGGUGCAGCCCGAGAAGCUCCUCGGAUCAAGUGGACCAAGGUGCGGACUGCAUCAGGCCAACGGCAGGACUUGCCCAUCCUAGUGGCCAAGGACAACGUGGUUCGAGUGGCCAAGGGCUGGCAGGGACGCGUGUCACUACCUGCCUACCCCCGGCACCGGGUCAACGCCACGUUGCUACUGGGGCCACUGAGGGCCAGCGACUCCGGGCUCUACCGCUGCCAGGUGGUGAGGGGCAUCGAGGAUGAGCAGGACCUGGUGCCCCUGGAAGUGACGGGUGUUGUGUUCCACUACCGAGCAGCCCAGGAUCGCUACUCGCUGACCUUCGCUGAGGCCCAGGACGCCUGCCGUCUCAACUCAGCCACCAUUGCAGCCCCGCGGCACCUGCAGGCUGCCUUCGAGGAUGGCUUUGACAACUGUGAUGCCGGGUGGCUCUCUGACCGCACUGUUCGGUAUCCUAUCACCCAGUCCCGUCCUGGUUGCUAUGGUGACCGUAGCAGCCUUCCAGGGGUGAGGAACUAUGGGAGGCGAGACCCACGGGAACUCUACGAUGUGUAUUGCUUUGCCCGUGAGCUGGGGGGCGAGGUCUUCUACGUAGGUCUGGCCCGCCGCCUGACACUGGCCGGCGCGCGUGCCCAGUGCCGCCGCCAGGGCGCUGUGCUGGCCUCGGUAGGACAGCUGCACCUGGCCUGGCAUGAGGGCCUGGACCAGUGCGACCCGGGCUGGCUGGCCGACGGCAGCGUGCGCUAUCCGAUCCAGACGCCGCGCCGGCGCUGCGGGGGCCCAGUUCCGGGCGUGCGCACCGUCUAUAGCUUCGCCAACCGCACCCGCUUUCCGGCGCCGAGAGAGCGCUACGACGCCUACUGCUUCCGAGCUCAUCACCCUACAUCACAACAUGGAAACCCAGAGACUCCGUCGUCUGGGGAUGAGGGGGAGAUUCUGUCAGCAGAAGGGCCCCCCGCCCAAGAACUGGAGCCCAGCCUGGAGGAGGAGGAGGUGGUCACCCCAGACUUCCAGGAGCCUCUGGUGUCCAGUGGGGAAGAAGAGCCUCUGAUCUUGGCAGAGAAGCAGGAGUCUCGAGAGACCCCCAGUCCUGCCACUGGGGGCCUCACACUAGCCUCAAGGCCUGCUCUGGAGGCUGAGGAGGUGUGGCUGAGCACGGUGUCCCCCGCCCCCGGCAACGUGGAGGCAGGCACUGCGGUGGGCAGGCACACAGAGGCAACCCCAGCCAGCCCCAUGCCCAGGAGGAGGGGGCGCUUUAAAGGGUUGAACGGGCGCCACUUCCAGCAACAGGAACCCCAGCGAGGGCUGAAGGGCGCGCUCCAGGCCAGCGUCCAGCCCCCCACCCCAGAGGUUGCUGGGAAUUACGUGGAGCCUCCCCUGGCCACAGGAGCCACUGACGCCUUGGGGAGUGGCCGGAGCCAAAGCCCCUGGGCUGUGCUGACCAAUGAGGUGGAUGUGCCUGGAGCUGGUUCCCCUGGUGGCAGGAGCCCCCCAGAGCCCUGGCUGUGGCCCCCAACCAUGGUCCCACCUAUCACCCUUGGCCUGGAACUAGAGGAAGCCAAGGGCCCCAGUGUGAGGCCUGCCACCCCCGACCUGCCCUGGUCCUCCUCGGAGGCCACUGCCUUGGCUCCCAACCCCUUGAAGGGCCCCAGCACUGCCCGCUGGGAGCCUUCUCCCACAGUCAUUUCUCCAGACCUCCCUGUCAUGGCCAUGCUUCGUGGCCACAAACUGUGGCUCCUGUCACACCCUACGCCCCUCCCCACCGAUGCCAGUGAGGUAAAGGGGUAUAAUGAAGCCAUGGCCGCUGCCCCACCCUCCCCUGCCUCAGAGAUCGAGGCCAGCCCCCAGGAUCCCUUCCAUCCAGAAGUGUAUUCCCUGCCCUCCUCCUCGGGCCUGAUGGGACAAGGUGGAGAGGCCACAUCCCUGACACUCAGCACGGGUCCUAACUCCUUCAGAGCAGACUUCGGAAAAACUGGGGGGACCAGCCCUACUGGGCUCAGCAAAGCUGAGCCCCCCAGAUCCAACCCACAGGCUUCUGUGGAUGGGAAUGUGGUGGCAGCCGUCACUCCCACUGAGACGGCCACUGAGCCCAUGGGAGCCAGAGGCGUCUUGGGGUCUGAGUCUGCGGUCUUCAACACAGCAGAGACCCCCACUUCCAGCUUGCAGGCCAACAUGGAUGAGGCACAGGGCAUGUGGCGGUCACUGCACAGUGAAGGGCUAGACCCCCAUUCCCCAUCUGCGCCCUUGGGGGUCCCUAGGGUCUCCUUGAUGCUCAAGGUCACCCCGCGUUCGGAGCCUUCGGCUGCUACAGAUGGAGGAGCCACAGUGGCUCCCAUGAAUUCCAUGGCCACACUAGACACCCGUGGUGCCGGUGGGAAUUGGGAACCUGGAUCCCACGUGGUUGAGGGAGCUGAAAGCCCCACCUUGAACCCUCAAAUGGCUGUGGAUACAAGUGUGGUGAUGUCCCUCAUGUCCCUGGACCUGGGGGACAAGGUUGGGGUCCUGGCCAUGUCCACAAUGGCCUCCUCAAACUCCCAACCCCAUCCAGAGCCGGAGGGCCAGAUGGUGACCCAGGGCACCCUGAGAGGCUUGGAGCCUCCCCGUGAGGGCAACCCCUCAGGGGAGCCCGCUCUUCCUCCUUGGACACCGACGGCAGCCAGCAAGGACAAGCCCAUUUCAGUUUCCUCGGGGGAGCCUAUAGUGCCGUGGGACUCCCCCAGCACCCUGCUGCCUGCCUCCCUGGGCCCAGAGGAGUUUGAGCUGGAGGUCCUGGCGGGGAGCCCAGGUGUGGAGAGCUUCUGGGCGGAGGCAGCAAGUGGAGAGGAGCCAGCCCUGCCAGGAGCCCCUGCAAAUGGGAGUGCAGAGGAGGUUCCCUCGGAUCCCUGUGAGAACAACCCUUGCCUGCAUGGGGGCACGUGUAAAGCCAAUGGCACCAUGUAUGGCUGUAGCUGUGACCAGGGCUUUGCUGGAGAGAACUGUGAGAUCGAUAUAGAUGACUGCCUCUCCAGCCCCUGUGAGAAUGGAGGCACCUGCAUCGACGAGGUCAACGCCUUCGUCUGCCUUUGCCUCCCCAGCUAUGGGGGCAGCCUCUGUGAGAAAGACACAGAGGGCUGUGACCAUGGCUGGCACAAGUUUCAGGGCCACUGCUACCGCUACUUCGCCCAUCGGCGGGCAUGGGAGGAUGCCGAGAGGGACUGCCGCCGUCGAGCCGGCCACCUGACCAGCAUCCACUCAUCCGAAGAACACGGCUUCAUUAACAGUUUUGGGCGUGAAAACACGUGGAUCGGCCUAAACGACAGGAUCGUGGAGAGGGAUUUCCAGUGGACGGACAACACGGGGCUGCAAUAUGAGAACUGGAGGGAGAACCAGCCUGACAAUUUCUUCGCGGGGGGGGAGGACUGUGUGGUGAUGGUGUCACAUGAGAGUGGGCACUGGAAUGAUGUCCCCUGCAACUACAACCUCCCCUAUGUCUGUAAGAAGGGCACAGUGCUGUGUGGUCCCCCUCCAGCAGUGGAGAACGCCUUGCCCAUCGGUGCCCGCAAGGCCAAGUAUAAUGUCCACGCCACUGUACGCUACCAGUGCGACGAAGGAUUUGCCCAGCACCAUGUGGCCAUCAUCCGAUGCCGGAGCAAUGGCAAAUGGGACCGGCCCCAAAUCGUCUGCACCAAACCCAGACGAUCCCAUCGGAUGCGGCGACACCAUCACCACCACCAACACCACCACCAGCAUCACCACCACAAAUCGCGCAAGGAGCGCAGAAAACACAAGAAACACCCAGCAGAGGACUGGGAGAAGGAAGAAGGGAAUUUCUGCUGAAGAACCAGGCAAAAGAAAGCACAAUCCCCUUCCCACACCUCCCCUGGAGCCUUCACCUGGGGAGGCAGAGCCCAGAGAGAAACAAGAGGGUCCGGAAGCCCCUGAGUCCCAAACUGCAUCCCCCCAUACAUAACCAUUUGUAAAAAGCUCCUCUCUCCUUUUUCUUACAUAUACAAGGUCCUCUUGGCAGGUGUAGCCAUGUGUCUGAAAAGUCAGUUCUAGUCAGGCUGAACUCUGGGCGCAUCUCUCAGAGGAGGGAAGCACAAUCAGCAAAGAUUAUUCUUUGCACUGGUUUAGUCUUUUGUUGGCAAGGCUGACUGCCAGUUGUGGAAAUAAGGCUGUGAUAAGGGUGCAAGAAUGUGUGUUUGGAUUCGCACUAAGGAAUUGCUUUUACCACCAGAGGUUCAGAUUUAGUAAACUGUCGGAUGUCCUAAAUGCAGGCUGAAGCCUAUAGUGAAGGUCACUGGCUUUGGGAGUAGAAAAUUACAUGGACGCACACGGCUUGAACUUGAUGACAGCUCUUCCUUCACCUUGGACUUCAGCCUAAGUCAGUCCUCAGUCUUGGUGGAUGAACUGAGUGUGGAAUUCCUAUGUAUUGAAUUUUAGGAAUGUUUUUAGAACAACGUCCCUCCGUGCCCUCAGAGUUAGGGGUCAGAAUAGUCAGAGGAAUUUGUGGGCAAUGAGGGGAAGCUGUAUUGCUUGCCCUCUCAGGUCUAGUCCAGUGCUGAGAUUUGGUGGUUCUGCAUGUGUGGUGAAUUUUAUACACACACACACACACACACACACAGAUGAGAGGAUGUUUAGGGCUCAACGAACCCAGAUUUCUUCCCCCUCCAUCUCUCAGGGAGACAAAGAACCUCCUUCCUGGGCCAAGGAGGUGCCAAGUUUUCUAGCUCGUUGCCCAUAUCCAUCCCUCAAGCAGACAUUGGUAGUGCCCCUGCCAUGGGUCCCACCCCUACCCCUACUCUAUUCCUGUCUCCUCCAUUCAUCGCCUGGUGGACUAGAAAUGCUUAAAACUUGAAGUAGUGACAUCUACCUACGGUCAUGUAGAGAGAUGUGCAGUGUUAAAACUGAAACACACACACACACACAUUUUUCUCUUAGUUUUUUAAUUUUUUAAGCAGUAAAGAACUCACCUUGCCUUCCUCCCCAGAAUCUGAAACCUGUAAAAACUUGCCCCAAGCCGGAAGUCGGGAUUCAGCUUCCUGAUCUCUGGCAGGAAAGAGCCACAGCUUUUCCUCCGUGUCCUUUGUCCACUCUCAGCCUCUCUAGUCUGGGUAACAUCUGUGGAUUAGUGUUAAAAACCACAGUGGAGAAUGGCCCUCUGCAGGAAAGAAAAAUAAGCAAAUAUACAGUCCAUCUAAGGGUUCAGUAGAGAAAGAAAUGUGUUGGCUUAGCCUAUAUCCCUCCUGGGAAGUACUAAUCAUAAUUGACAACUAUGGAGUAGGUACCAUGCUAAGGACUUACACUGCCUCCAUGAAUCUUCUCAACAGCCCAGUGACUUAGGAACCAUUACUUUCCCAUUUUACACAAGACAAAACUGAGGCUCAGAUAAGAGAAAGGCACUGGCUUGCAAGACAGGAAUAAGGAUUCAGUCCUGCCUCUGGCUGACUCCUAACCCUGCUCUCUAUUUUGGGGGGAAGGAAUUGAAACAUAAUCAUGCUCUAACACACAGGAAGAUUUAGGAAAAGAUUGAGAAGUGCAAACUAGACCUGCAUCCUUGACCAUGGUCUUUAGUGUCCCCUGCUAUAGACAUUAUCUACUGUCCCAUGUUACGGUUAUUGUUGAGAAAACCCAGGGAUAUAGGUUUGCCUUCUAGGUUUGAUAAUUCCUUUUGGUUUAAGAAAUAUAAAAACAAUAACACAUCUUCAGUCAUCCAUGUCACAAAAGAAUUUUCCUUUGUUUGGAGUGGGGGGCUCUGGGGAUGCAACUUUUUUGGGGGUGUCUUGGUUUAUGCUCCUUACCCUUGACCACCUCAGCCCCUCGCCCUGCCCCCACCCCAGCUCCGUGGUGGGAGGGGGCUCUGAUAUUUUCUAAGGUGGGUGGUUUGUCUCUUGGUCUUUCCCUUUGAGAUGUGCGUGUGUGUUUGAGUGUGCCGCGUGUGUGGCAUGCGUGUGAGUGUGUGUGCGCGUGAACAGCUUUGGAUUCUGUUGGUUAUGCUGUCAGCUGCAGUGUUCCGUGGGUCUGUGGUAUCUGACACUAUGGACAUUAAUGUACUCCUUGGACAUUUUAAUAAAAUUUUUUAACAGUUCAA